AUGGAUCUCGCCAACACGCUCAUUCGAAGCGUGGUGCGCGCUUUCUACGAAACACGCCAUAUCCUGAUUGUGGAUGCGCUCUUCCUCCACUCGGUUCUCCAUGCCGAGGACCUAGCGUUUUUGAUGGGGAUGCAACAGAAGGACCUCCGGAAGCUAUGUGCCCGCCUCCGAGAAGAUCGUUUGCUUGCAGUGAGCACACGCCAAGAGAUCCGCGAUGGCUCCAAUCGUCCCGUCAAUCGCGAAUACUACUUCAUCCCGCUCCACCCCGUUGUCGAUGCCAUAAAAUACAAGGUCUCGAAACUGACUUCUACGAUUAAGGCGCAGUACACGCCCAGCGAAGAGCGCAAGGAAUACAUUUGCACAAGCUUGGUUUCGGAGGAAGGAUUUGAAUGUCAAAACUGUGGGCAUAUCCUUGAACGGACCGAAGACGUCAAGGGCGUCGAGGGCACCGACCGAACAGGGCACGAGAAAAACAGCAAACUUAUGGCCCAGUUGGACAGCAUGCUCAAGCUCCUGAAACAAAUUGAUUCCGUGGAAAUUCCUCCCAACGAUUUCGAGACCGCCUGGGAUCACAAGGUGGAGGUUAUUCGCGACCAAAACACCCAUCCCGUUCGUGCGGCUAUUCCUCUGCCUCCGAAGCAACAAGAAAUUUCCCGUGGAACAGCGAAGACCGAUGCGGCGAACAUCGAGAUCCAACUCACCUCCAACGCAGAGAAGACUGCCGCAGAACAAGCCGCAGAGGUGGAGCGCAAGGCAGCUAUCGAAGCAGCCAAUGCUUUGCCCGUAUGGCAUACACAAUCCACCGUCAACAGUAGCACCGGCCCUCGAAUCAAGACGGAGAGCGGAGUAUCUAUCAAAGCGGAGGAUGCUGAUGGCGAACAGAAGCCCAAGGUCAACGAGGAGGAUGACCACCUUGCCCGUAUCUAUGCUGAGUUCGAAGCAGAGGAACGGGCCCGAGCCGAGCAGGAAGCUAGCAGUGCCGAGGAGGGCUCGGAAGAGGAAGAGGAGGAUGAAUUCGAAGACGUCGGGAUCUCUGGCCCAAGCGGUCCCGCGACUCCUGCCACCGGCGCGGGCCCUACCAGUGCCCCUACCCCGUCUUCCACUGUCGCGGGCAUCAAGCGCGAGCAUGAUACGGCUUCUAGUGCCCCUGCUUCUUCGGAGGUUGGUACCCCAUCGACUCCCGCGGAAGAUGGCCCAGCGGCAAAGAAGGUGAAGAUCGAACCGGGCCUGGCCGACCCAGCCAUCAAGGCCGAGCCGGGAGUCAAGCUGGAGGAGCCUGAGGUCAAGAAUGAAGAAGAGUCCGAUGAGGACGACGAGGAGUUUGAAGACGUUUGA